AUGGGAAAAUGGAAUAACCAGAGCGCAAAUAGGAGCUGUUCGUUUCUCUGUUUUCUACCGGGGAAGAAAACAGGAGAGUCUUAUGUUGGAAGAAUUUUCGGCAUUAACUUUCCUAGAGAAGUAUUUUCUUAUGAGCUGGAGGAAUAUGAAGAUCGUUAUUAUCAAGAAUUGAAGGGACAUUAUAUCAAGAUCAAAGUUUCAGAUUCACAUUAUAGAUGUCCAUACUGCAGAAGUGCACGUGAUUAUCUCUUCGAGGACCUUUUAAAGCACGCCUCAUGCAUAUCAAAGGAUUUAAAAGGGACAAGUACUAAGGAGAUUGCCAAGCACUCGGCAUUGGAGAGAUACAUAAGAAAAUACUUCUCUAGGAAGGUUAAUGCCGAAAAUUCUUCCAACAUAAGACUCUCUUCAGCAAGACUAUCUUCAGCUAAGAACGAUGAGCAGUUAAGACUAUCUUCAGCUAAGAAUGAUCAACGAUGGAAGACAUGUUGGGAGAGUGGUACCAAAAUCAGGCAGGAGUUGGAAAAGAAAGGAUUCCACCCUGUGAGGGUGCAGGCCCUAUGGAACUACCGUGGUCAUUCGGGACUAGCAGUUGUUGAGUUUAAUAACUGGGCGGGCUUCUGUAAUGCGAUUGCUUUUGAGAAAAGCUAUGAGAUUGAGCGCCGUGGGAAGAGGGACUUUUAUGUCUCCAGGGACAGGGGAGACAAGUUUUUUGGUUGGUUGGCAUAUGAUGAUGAUUACUAUUCGAAAGGCAUACUGGGAGACCACCUUAGAAAGAAAGGGCACUUGCGAACUUUGUCCGAUAAAGAGGCAGAAGAACAACGCCAACGGUCAAUGCUUGUUGCUGACUUACAGAAGACGCUGGAGAUCGAGAGCUCGCGACUUAUGGAGAUGGAGAGCAAGUACGAAAAAACAAAGCAUUCCCUCGACAAUUUAGUGACUCAAAAGGAUGAAAUGCUGAGGGCUCAUAAUGAAGAAAUAAGAAAGAUGCAGCAGAAUGCCCGGGAUCAUCUUGCGAAGAUAUACCUGGAGCAUGACAAGGUGACACAGCAUUUGCAAGCUCAAAAGCACGAGCUUCGGCAGCAGGAAGAAGAGUUGGAAUUGCGAGAAUUUCAAAAUGAAGGCAAGAGGGCAAAGCUUAGACAUGAUAAGGAAAUGGUUGAAAGGGCAUUUUUGGAGCAGCGGAAAGGAAACAAUAAUUUCUUGAGGCUGGGAGAAGAUCAGAAGAGAAAAGGAGAAACUUCACGGGAAAAUAUUGAGCUCGAAAGAGAACUCGAUGAUAAACAAUCGUUGGAAUUGGACAUUGAGCGAUUGAGAGGUGCUGUGCAAGUUAUGAAAAACAUGGAGGAUGACGACGACGUGGACCUUAAACAGAAGAUGAAGGAGAUUGAGGAAAGUUUAGAGGCAAAGGAAGAACUGAGUCGAGUGCUUACUGUUAAGCAUUGGAGGAACAAUGAUGAAUUGCAGGAUGCUUGCAAGGAGCUGAUUAAAGUAAUUGCUUUGUUUCCUUAUCUUAGACCCUUUUGUGUGCAUUUGUUAUCACGUCAAGGCAUAACUUACUAUUUUGAGCUGUCAGAAAUGAUAAUGCUGUUGCUCUACAGACUUUCAAGAAUAAUACAACUCGUGCCCAAAUUUGCGUCAAAAGAAUGGGAGAACUUGACAGCAAGCCGUUCCUCAUUGCAGCAAAAAACAAAAUAUGCUGCGAAAGAAGCAAAUCUAAUGGCCGUGACGCUCUGUUCUGAGUGGGAAAAACUUCUAAGAGAUCCGGGAUGGUACCCCUUUAAAGGCAUAACAGAGGGAGAGAAUCGCAAGGAAAUUAUUGAUGAAGAGGUCUUCAAGGCAGUAUCAAAGGCCCUCGAAGAGCUGAAUGAGUACAAUGGCAGUGGCAGGUACACUGUGCCCGAGCUAUGGCAUUCUAGAGAAGGAAGAAGAGCAUCUCUCAAAGAGGGAGUUGCUUACCUUCUCAAGCUGUGGAAACCCCAGAAGAAGAAGAAUUAGAGACUCUUAAUGUACUCAGGUGGGCAGUCUGGCAUCUUCAUCCUCCUAUUUGUUGCGGAUACACAUCUCAGGAUGCAGUUGUUGAGUCCAGAUACUUGAUUUCUAAAGCUGACUGAGUGUAGAUUCUUGAAGUAGAAUUAGGCCAUUCAAAAUAGGCGUACUUGCUCUUCCGUUCAAUUAGACUAAAGGGAAAAAAAUCAAACUUUCCUUUGACUUUUGACAGGAGCUCUCAUGGAGUAUUUAUGAGAUGUACUUACAAUUUGAUUCUUUCA